GAUGGCGGCGGCGGCGGCCGGCCCCGGGGCGGCCCAGGCGCCGAGCUCGCUGCUGCUCGUGGUGGGCGGCGAGUGCGGGUGCUCGGGGCUGCUUGCUUACGUGCUGGAGGAGCUCGAACGAGGCAUCCGGUCCUGGGACAUCGACCCUGGCAUUUGCAGCCUUGAUGAGCAGCUCAAGGUUUUCGUGUCUCGACAUUCUGCCACCUUCUCCAGCAUCGUGAAAGGCCAGCGGAGCCUGCACCACCGCGGAGACACCCUGGAGACGCUCGUCCUCUUGAACCCAUCAGACAAGUCCCUGUGUGAUGAGCUCCGGAACCUUCUGCUGGACCCUGCCCCUCAUAAGCUGCUGGUGUUGGCUGGGCCCUGCCUGGAGGAGACGGGGGAGCUGCUGCUCCAGACGGGAGGCUUCUCGCCCCGCCACUUCCUCCAAGUCCUCGGGGACAAAGAGAUCCGGGAUCUUCUGGCGUCCACACCCCCGCCGGCAGACCCGCCUGAGCUCACCAUCACCUGCCCAAGCUUCGGGGACUGGGCCCGGCUGGCGCCCGCUGGGCUGGACCUCCAGGGUGCCCUCCGGCUGCGGUGGAACCCCCCCGUGCGGCUGCCGGCCUCCGCGGGCCUGCGUGAGUUCCUGGAGUACGUGGCGGAGUCGCUGGAGCUGCCGUCGCCCUUCGAGCUGCUCGAGCCGCCCGCGUCCGUGGGCUUCCUCAGGCUCGCCCGGCCCUGCUGCUACGUCUUCCCAGGCGGCCUCGGCGAUGCCGCCUUCUUCGCAGUCAACGGAUUCACCGUGCUGGUCAACGGCGGCUCGAACCCCAAGUCGAGCUUCUGGAAGCUGGUGCGCCAUCUGGACCGCGUGGAUGCUGUGCUGGUGACCCACGCCGGUGCCGACAGCCUCCCGGGCCUCAACAGCCUCCUGCGGCGCAAGCUGGCCGAGCGGGACGAGGCGGCGGCCGGUGGGGGCUCCGGGGACGACCGGCUUCGCAGGCUCAUCUCCCCCAACCUGGGGGUCGUGUUCCUCAACGCCCGCGUGGCCAUCUCGCGGCUGGCGAGCGGCGAGGACGAGGCGGAGCUGGCCCUGAGCCUCUUGGCCCGGCUGGGCAUCACGCCCCUGGCCCUGAACCGAGGGCCGCUGCCGGCUGAGCCCACCGUGCUCUUCCAGAAGAUGGGUGUGGGCCGCCUGGACAUGUACGUGCUGCACCCGCCCGCCGCCGGCGCCGAGCCAGCCUCCGUGUGCGCCCUGCUGGUGUGGCACCCCGCGGGCCCCACCGAGAAGGUGGUGCGCGUGCUGUUCCCGGGCUGCACGCCGCCCGCCCGCCUCCUGGACGGCCUGGUGCGCCUGCAGCACCUGGGCUUCCUGCGAGAGCCGGUGGUGACCCCCCAGGACCUGGCGGGGCCGCGGCGCGCAGGGAGCAGGGAGAGCGUGGGCUCCCGGGACAGCCUGAGAAGAGAUGGCCGGGCUGCAGCACCGUCCCGGCCUGCCCAGGAGCGCCCUGCAGCGACCCGCAAGGAGCCACCUCCUCGGGUCGAGGCCCCCCGCAGGGCUGAGAGAGAAGCCAGGCUCCCCCGCGAGGUGAAGAGGGACCCCAAACCGAGCGUCCCCCGGUCGUCCCAACCCCGGGACGUCCGCCGGACAGCCUCUGCUUCGGGGAGUGUGAAGAAGGCGGGCGCCCAGGCCGCCCCCAGGCCCCGCCGAGCGGCCGAGAACCCACAGCCAGGCAUCCCCCCGGCGGAGGAACGGCCCUGUAGCCCGCCCAGCUUCCGGUGUGGGGAGGCCAGCCCACCCACCGAGGCCUGCGGCUCCCCCGGCCCCCAGCUGGCGGCCACGCCAAGCCCCGAGAGCAGCCUGGAGCUGGGCCCGAGCCCCGCCACAGAGGACGGCAGUGGCGCCUUGGCGGAGAACCUAGAGCUACUGCUGGGUGCCAGCACCCCCCGGCCGCGCACACCCUCUCCUCCCGGAGCCCCCCAGGGCCCGGCGGAGAGCAGCGGGCGGCUGUCGCUGAGCCCGCUGCGGGGCGGGGAGGCUGCGCCCGAUGCCUCGCCCACGGUCACCACGCCUUCACUGCCUGCCGAGGUCGGGUCCCCGCACUCCACGGAGGUGGACGAGUCCCUGUCCGUCUCCUUCGAGCAGGUGCUGCCGCCGCCACCUGCCGCCGCCGGCGAGGCUGGGCUGAGCCUCCCGCUCCGUGGCCCGCGAGUCCGGCGAUCGGCCUCCCCUCACGACGUGGACUUGUGCCUGGUGUCGCCCUGCGAGUUUGAGCACCGGAAGGCUGUGCCCAUGGCACCCGCACCCGCGUCUCCAGGCAGCUCCGAGAGCAGUGCUCGGUCCCAGGAGCGGGCGGGCGCUCCUGGGGCCGAGGAGACGCCUCCCACCUCCGUUAGCGAGUCCCUGCCCACCCUGUCUGACUCAGACCCCCUGCCAGCUGCCCCCGGCGUCGCAGACUCCGACGAAGACAUGGAGGGCUUGGGGGUCCCUCGCCGCGACCCGCUCCCCGAGCCCCUCAAGUUCCCUCCGCCACUGCCCACCCCGCCCAGCAUCUGCAUGGUGGACCCCGAGAUGCUGCCCCCUGAGCAGGCCCGGCCUGCAGAGGGUCUUGGCCGCACCCGGAAGUCCCUGGUCCGCCCUACUCCCAGCACUGCCACCUCCAAAGCUGCCCCUGCGACCACGACCAAAACCAAGGGACUGGCUGGCGGAGACCGGGCCGCUCGGCCCCUAGGCACCCGGAGCGAGCCUAGUGACAAGGGGGGUCGGGCACCCCUGUCCAGAAAGUCCUCAGUCCCCAAGACAACCACUCGGGGCCCAUCUGGGCCAGCGGGUAGCCGGCCAGGUGGGUCAGCAGCCCCCCCUGGCUCCCCUGUCUACCUCGACCUGGCCUACCUGCCCGGUGGGCGCAGCGCCCGGCUGGUGGACGAGGAGUUCUUCCGACGGGUGCGGGCGCUCUGCUACGUCAUCAGCGGCCAGGACCAGCGCAGGGAGGAGGGCAUGCGGGCUGUCCUGGACGCGCUACUGGCUGGCAAGCAGCAAUGGGACCGAGACCUCCAGGUGACCCUGAUCCCCACCUUCGAUUCGGUGGCGAUGCAUGAGUGGUACGAGGAGACGCACGCUCGGCACCAGGCACUGGGCAUCACCGUGCUGGGCAGUAACAGCACCGUGUCCAUGCAGGACGAGGCCUUCCCUGCCUGCAAGGUCGAGUUCUAGCUCUGGCCCCGACGCCCAUCCCCUCGCCCGGCACCCGCCCCAGUCCUGAGACUCACCUGCAUCAGAAAUAAACCAGGUACUCCACCGGCUGCGGCCUCAGUUCCUUCUGCUGGCGGCAGACUUGGCAGCGUCUGGGACAGUCAUCACCGCUGUGUCGGCCUCUGGUUUGGGGAGGAACCCCCAGUAGCCCCCAGGUCAGGCGUCCUCUGGCCUCCAUGUCGCCAAGGGGAAGACCCGAGCCCCGGGGAGGGUGUGCCUUUCUGGUAAUGACCACUGGCAGCUGGGGCUCGCUGCUGACCGUGGCCCUCCAGCCUGAGCCAGCAAAUGUGGGGUGCUGAUUUUACCAGCGGGGAAGCUGGGGCGCCCAAGAGCUGGACCCACACCAUGUGAGAGGGACCAGGUGAGAUGGGACCCCGGGCUCUGUGCUCCAGAGCUACAGAAUCUCUGUUACAAGGCAGGAGAUCACACGCUACGGGGAGGUCUUAAAGGAGAAUCAAACCCAGAGAUUACAAAACCUCAAUUCCUGGAGCACCCCUUCCCUGCUCCCUGCACGCUCGGAGACACCUAAAUAGGACAUUAGGUGAGACGGCACACAUCCUGGGUCGAAUGGCGCCCCAAAGAGCGUAUGUCUGAGUCCUGACACCUGAAAUCUGUGAGUGUGACCGUGUCUGCAGGAAGGGAUUUUCAGAUGCAGUUAAGUAAAGGGUCCUGAGAUUUCUGGAUGGGCCCUAAAUCCAGUGACUGGUGUCUUUAGAGGAGGUGACACAGAGGGGAAGGCCGCAUGGAGAUGGAGGCAGAGACUGGGGUGAUGGGCUAAUGGGGCCACAGCCGAGGAACGCUGGAGCCCCAGAAGCUGGUGCGGAGUGAUCCUCCCCCAGAACUUUCUGAAGGAACCGACUCUGCGGACACCUUGAUUUCAGAGCUGGGCCUCCGGAACGGCAUGGACGAACUGUUGUGUGUGGGACUUUGUGACGGUCCCUAAGAGGCUCUGAGCCAGUCGGCAUGGCUCGCUCCCCUGGGCGCGGUGGCCUGAGUCCCUGUGUGUGGCUGCGUAGGUGUCCCGGUGCAGACGGCUUCCUCUGGCCGUGACGGGCCCUGGCUGGGUGCGGCCGGGCUGCUGUGGGCGACAAGGCGGCUCCCACGACAGACACCUCCUGCCUGCGGCUCUAGAGGCUGGAGGGCUGGGACCAGGGUGCUGGCGCUGUCGGGUCUGCUGGGCCCCUGCCCUCUGGCUGUGCCCUCGUGUGGGGAAGGAGGGAUGUGGGGACACGUCCUCUCAUGGCCCCUCCUUAGGCAGCACCAACCCUGUAACGGGACCCCACCCGGUGAGCUCCACUACCUAAGGAUCUCCCAAAGCGCCCCCCACAAACCCCAUGGCCUUGGGGAACUGGGCUGACACAUAGGAAAUUAGGGGGCGGGGUUUGCACUCGUGGGUCUCAGCAUCAACGGCCAGUGCCGUGGCUGGAUGGGCCCUGUGGUUCUGAUGACAAGACGCCCUUCCGCCAGACAACCAUCGGGAAACUGAAAAAAAUAUUUCUCACUUA